AUGUACGAAGGGAUUGACAACUUGAAAUCCCUUUACGACCGUGCCGGGAAGACUUUCUCCGGCGGUCCUUCUGCGGCACAGGAUGUGCCGCGUCGUACUGCUCAACCAGACCCAGUACGUCGAUCAUCAGUUGGGAGCGGGGCUCCCAAGUAUCCCAGGACGGGGGAUAGCUGCGCCACCGGACGAGGUAACUCGUCCGACGUCCGUUCACAUCGCGGUGGUUUAACAGCCGCUCAACCAGAUAGCGCUGGCCACCGCAAUAGUCCUCCAAUGGAGGUGGAGGAGGAGGAAAGACGCUCUCCAAACAAUCGUAGGGAAGCGUGUGUUCCCGAGAGCUUCUUUGAUCGCGUAACGCAAGGGUUACGCGGCGAUCUCGAACAUGAGCGGGACAGGCGUCUCCAACUGGCGGACGCUGUCUCGAAGCAUCGAGAUGAGUUUGCCUUUGCUCAGCUUGAGAACGAGAGAUCUCUGACAUCUCUUCGUGACGAGCUAAGGGUAGCUCGUGGGAUUGCUGAUCGGUCUCGGGAUGAGAUAGCUGCUCUUCAGACCCUUGUUGAUGCCCACCAUCGGGAGCACAAGGCUCUCUGCGAGAUGCUUGAGCGCAAGGGGUUCUUCAUCGGAAGAAGCAGCGUACUGAUGGCGGUGCAAUACACGAAAUGGGCCGAUGUACUUGGGUAG